CUACGUUCCCUGAGAAUUCUCGCUACCCGGCUGCGGCGGGAAGCCGGGCGCCGCAGAUCAGCUUCCCUCGGGGUGAGUAGGAGCGGCCCCCCGGAGGCGGGCGCAGAGCCCAGGCCACCAGGGUCGCAUGGAGCGCUGGGGAGCCAGUGUAGAUGCUCUGGCGCUCCCCUUUUCCUCCAGCUCCGGCAACUGCAGACACCUGGGAAGCAGAGAGGAAACCCCAGCCGGUGACCUUGUCACCCGGGGCGCGGUCACGUGGCUCGGGUAACUGGCAAUGCCCCGCCCCUUCUGCGGCGACUCUCCAGCCUGGCUCACUAGUGAGCUGAAGCGUGGACGAGCUACUUCGGUGGCGCAGUCUUGCAUGGUCGGGGGACAUGGCCAGAAGGGCUCUCAAGCUCGCGUCAUGGACCAGCAUGGCUCUUGCCGCCUCUGGCUUCUACCUCUACAGUAACAAGUAUUUGGACCCUAAUGACUUUGGCGCUGUCAGGGUGGGCAGAGCAGUUGCUACGACAGCUAUCAUCAGUUAUGACUAUCUCACCUCCCUGAGGAGUGUCCCCUAUGGCUCAGAGGAGUACUUGAAGCUUCGAUCUGAGGUACACCUCCGUUCUGCCAGGCGUCUCUGUGAGCUCUGCUGUGCCAACCGGGGCACCUUCAUCAAGGUGGGCCAGCACCUGGGGGCCCUGGACUACCUGCUGCCCCAGGAGUACACCAGCACGCUGAAGGUGCUGCACAGCCGCGCCCCACAGAGCAGCAUGCAAGAGAUCCGCCAGGUCAUCCGCGAGGACCUGGGCAAAGAGAUCCAUGAUUUGUUCGUGAGCUUUGACGACACCCCUCUGGGGACUGCCUCUCUGGCCCAGGUCCAUAAGGCGGUGCUGCGUGAUGGGCGGACGGUGGCUGUGAAGGUCCAGCACCCAAAGGUGCAGGCUCAGAGCUCGAAGGACAUUCUCCUGAUGGAGGUGCUCGUCCUGGCUGUGAAGCAGCUGUUUCCGGAGUUUGAGUUCAUGUGGCUGGUGGAUGAAGCCAAGAAGAACCUGCCUUUGGAGCUGGAUUUCCUCAAUGAAGGGAGGAAUGCGGAGAAAGUAGCCCAAAUGCUCCAGCACUUUGACUUCUUAAAGGUUCCCCAGAUCUUCUGGGAGCUGUCCACCAAGCGGGUCCUUCUGAUGGAGUUUGUGGACGGCGGGCAGGUCAAUGACAGAGACUACAUGGAAAGGAACAAGAUCGACGUCAACGAGAUCUCACGCCACCUGGGCAAGAUGUACAGUGAGAUGGUCUUUGUCCACGGCUUCGUGCACUGCGACCCCCACCCAGGAAAUGUGCUGGUGCGGAAGCGCCCGGACACGGGAAAGGCAGAGAUCGUCCUGUUGGACCAUGGGCUCUACCAGGUGCUCACAGAAGAGUUCCGCCUGGAUUACUGCCACCUCUGGCAGUCACUCAUCUGGACGGACAUGAAGAGGGUGAAGAAGUACUGCCAGCGUCUGGGAGCCGGUGAUCUCUACCCCUUGCUUGCCUGUAUGCUGACAGCCCGCUCAUGGAACUCGGUCAACAGGGGCAUCAGCCAAGCCCCCGUCACUGCCGCCGAGGACUCCGAGAUCCGCAACAACGCGGCCACCUACCUGCCCCAGAUUAGCCAGCUCCUCAGCCACGUGCCGCGCCAGAUGCUGCUCAUCUUUAAGACCAACGACCUCCUGCGCGGCAUCGAGGCUGCCCUGGGCACGCGCGCCAGCGCCAGCUCCUUCCUCAACAUGUCGCGGUGCUGCGUCAGAGCGCUGGCCGCGCACAAGAAGAAGACCUGCUCGUUCUUCAGAAGGAUCCAGAUCUCUUUCAGCGAGGCCUUCAGUUUAUGGCAGAUCAACCUCCAUGAACUCAUUCUGCGUGUGAAGGGGCUCAGGCUGGGCCGCCGGCUCUUGGCCCUGCUUUGCUGGCGGUUGCCUGCUCCGCACUGAGUGGACGUACUGUCCCCGUCCCCUCUUCAGUGUGACUCUGGGGUGAGCAAGGGGCCUUUUCAAUCGUUCUUUUGUCAUAACUCCACCCGUUGCCCUGUUUCUGCCGCAGGUGGCCUGGAGGCCCACGGUCGCUGCCAUGUACCCCAUGUCUGGAAUUCCUCCCCACACUGUAGCCCAUCUUGAGGGCCACCGGCUGAACCACGCAAUAGGUUUCUCUCCUUAUUGAGGGAGGUGGCACACCGUCCGCUUUCCUAUCCUGGCGUGUGCCAUUGGGUUGGAUGUGCCCCACUUCCAUUAGCCCUUCCUUUGUCAGGAUGGACCAUGAAUCCCACUGAGGGCACAUUUAACUUGUAGAAGUUUGACUUUGUUGGAGGGGAGCGGGAUCUCUGAGCUGCUGGAGAACAGGGUCCCUCUCCCUGCCUUGUCACUCCCCAGGGAUGUUGCACCCCACAUUUGGCAGGUCCUAGCUCUCAUUGAGCACCCUUGCUCACAGACAGUCAUUGUAUUUGAGUCUCUCUGAUCUUACUUCACCCCAUUCUUGGGGAAGAAAACCCCUAAAUUUGAGUCUCAUUUUCUCUUCAUUCUCUGUAUUCAUAAUAUAGCAAGCAGAUUUUUCUACUGACCAGAGCUAAUUCACAGUCUCUUUAUUUCCUGAAAGAAUUAAUUGUUCUUAGUGAGCAGUUGGCUUGCACCUAGGGAUCUGAGAGAAUAAUCUGCAAGAUCUGUUAUGAAUUGUGAGGAUGCAUGCUGCAUAUAUUUUAUGGUGCCUUUUUGAGCCACUGAAGUAAAUAUAAAUGCCCUUUUUGUUCAAGGUAGUGCUUUUCGCUUUUGGUUUAAUGGUUGGCUUCCUGCUGGCCUGGGAUGUAAAACAUCAGCCUGUUGCCAGUGUGCCCAGCACCCAGAAUGUUAAUCCAUGGUUAAUCUGAGAGAGUUUGGGGUACAGGGCAGUUUGAAAAUAGAAGAGGACUAGGCAGAUGAUUGUUGUAUGCCUUCCACAUGUGAGAGAACAUGCUAGGAUCUUGGUAAAUAAGUUACAUCAUUGAAUUGUCCCAUCAGCUCUAUUAGAGAAAGGGUCAUUAGCCUCCUCUUACAGAGAUGGGAACUGAGGCUCAGGGAGGUUUAGUAAUUUGCCUGAAGUCACACAGCUGCUGAGCGAUGGUCCAUGCUUUGUUUUUUAUUCCAUAGUACAGUAGAUAUGGAUCAUACUUGUUCCUUGGGCUGUUAGAUGUGCCUGAAUUGGGUCUCAAACACCCUGAUUUUAGAGGAUAUUGGAUUUUCAGUGGAGGUGGGGAAAUGAAUGGGUAAAGGAGACAAAACGUCCUGGAAAAUGCUGACUGAAUUCAGCAUGUCUCCCAGGGCCCAAGAGAGGUUGGACCUGGACUAGUACUACCUGCAAUGUGAUUCUGACACUGACCACCCAGAGUUAGUGCAGAUACCACAGGCUUAAGGGCGCAGUUCCCCAUGAGACUGCCCUCGCUUCAGACACAAGCUGCAGGUUUGAAAGGCUCCAGACCACCUGCAGUUCCGACCAACUGACUACAAAUUUGGCGGCUCUCCCAACCCCCUCAGAUUCAAUAAUUUGCUAUAAGGACUCACAGAACUCCGGAAAUAUACUUGUGAUUACAGUUUUUUAAAUAAAGUUUGGAAAUCAGGAGCAGCCAAACGAAGAGAUGCAUAAAGCGAGGUCUAGGAAGGUUCUGAAUGCAGAGCUUCCGUGUCCUCUCCCAUGGAAUCAGGACAUGUCACCCCUGGCAUAUCAGUGAGUUCACUGAGCUUCAGUGUUCAGAGUUUUUGUCAGGGUUUCAUUACAUAGGCAGAAUUGACUGAACCUUUGACCAGGUGAUUAAACUCAAUCCCCAGCCCCCAGCCCCUCCCAGACAAAUGGGGCUGAUAUUGCCUCCAUCCUGAGUCAUCUAGUCCAAACUCAGGUGUGAUCCAGGGGGCGCACCCUGAGUAUCAGAGAUACUCCUGUCACUGAGAAAUUCCAAGGAGUUAGAGGUUCUCUCCCAGAACAAGGGACAAAGACCAGACAAACUCUUUAUCCUGUAACAGUCACUCUGGAGUCUUCUCAUCCUAAGCACUUAGCCUGAGGUGCAUCUUUUUGGACCCACUGCUGGCCUGUACCUUCUGCUCGACUAGGUGGAGCCAUCUCUGGAGCCCAGAGCCAUAAGAGGAGAUCUCUCCUGGUGUCUAUUCUGAGGUUCAGAGAGAGCUCACAUGAGUUUCUAUGUGGGACCUUUGCCCUGCUCCCUUCUCUGUCCUGUGAAACUUGCCCUGAAUUGGUUUGGGUUUGGUACUUCACAAUAAAAUCCUGUGAUUUUUUUCUGUCCCAUCAGUGACAAUGUACCAGGAAGGCACCACCAGCUUACCUUGAAGAGUGUUUUCUCUUUUAACAUGUGGACACUUAAUCAGUUUAGGUAUUGGCUUCUUUGAUUUGGGCACCUCUCAGUUGGAGGAGAGAGGAAUUCCAACUCUAUGGCCCAUUUGGUGGAGAGCCUCUCAGAUACGUGCCCGGCUCAUAAUAAGUGCAGAUGUCCUGGCUUGUAGUAAGUGCUCAAUAAACGUAAAUAUUUGGAAUUUCAGAAUAUUUUAUUUUCGAGGACGUUGAAAUCUGUGUAUUAAAAAAGCUACCGAUGCCACUCCUCCUCCAUGAGGAAUGCUGCCUUGUUUGAUUGUCAGGUUAAUUUCCUCAGAGCUCCAAGCCCACUCCCAGGAUCUGAGAUGGCCACUUUCAGCAUGACAGCCUGCCCAGGGCCCUCCUGCCACAAUUGCAGGGCUCUGAGAAUGCAAGCAUCUAAUGACAUUUCAGAAAAUGGAAGUGGUUCCAAGAGGCAGCCAAGCAAAUCCCCAGGGCCAUGACUGGUUGAGGGGUGUAGAAUGACUCUUAGUGUUAGCAAAUGUGAGAAGAGUUCAGUGGAGCCACGAGUGACCCUUGGGACAUAAGUGGUCUCAAGGUGUAGCCAUGAGGAGCUAGGGUCUAAGUUGGGAACUUCAUAAAUGGGAGGAACAAAGCCACAGAGAGAGGUGUGUUCCUUGCAGCCUGGCCUGUUGGAGUGGUCAUGUUUGUGGGGCUGGACUAGGGGGGCUUAUAUUUAACAAGAGACCUUGAAUGCCAGGCUACCUGGUGCCACUGCUACAGGUAACUGGCCAAAGGGGAACUGUGGGAGGCUCCGUCCCCUAGGCUUUAAGUUGGGAACCAUUUUGGUAAGAGCCCAUUCGUUCAAAAAGGCUCUGCUCUCACCUCUCCUCUCUUCCCACUCUUUCCUUCCUUUCUGUGAAGUACAGGCUGCUAUGAAGCUGUGCAGACUGGCUGGGCUUUCUCUCCUUUUCUAAAGGAAUGACGAGGUCAGCCCUUAGAGUAAAUAUUAAACCUUGGGCUGUAGCUGUGAUGUUCGUUUUCCUGUGGCGAACGCCUCCUGGCCUAGUUUUGCUGGACGCCGCCUCAAACCCCGCCGGCAGCCGGCUUCCUUCCUAGCCAGGUCACCGUGCCCCUGGACAGCACUGCCCAGGGCAGAAAAUGCUCUUUCUGCCUUGGGCUUAAUCGUUACAUAAUUCCUCGGAUGUCUCUCCCUAUUUUUAUUUUUCCUGGGUGUGAGAGGAAGGCCAGGCUGGGGAAGUGGUGAAGUGGUGGGUAUUAAGCCGCCGACUGCUGCCAUUUCAGCUCCUAUUUUCUCAUCACUCCUCGCACUUUUUAUUCUAGAGCAGUGCAUCUCAAACUUUCACAUAUAAGCCAGUCAGCGGGGCUCUUGUGAAAACACCGAUUCUGACUCAGUGAAUCUGGGUGAGGCUGAGAGUCUGCAUCUCUAACAUGCUCCCAGGGGAUGCCGCUGCUGUUGCCGGUCCACGGACCACUCUUGGAGUUUCAAGGACCCAGGUCAGUGGCUCUGGAGGUUGGUACCCUGGACCGGCAGCGUCAGCAUAACCUGGGAGCUUGUCAGAGAUGCAAAUUUGCAGAUCCCAUCCCAGACCUGCUGAAUCAGAAACUCUAGGGUGGGGCCCAGCAAUCUGAUUUAAUAAGCCCUCCAGGGGAUUUUGUCUUCCGGUCCGUGGUUCUUAACGUUCUACCUGCACACCAAGAUCACCAGGAGACCUUCAAAUGCCCAAGAUUCUGAUUUACAGUAGGCUCCCCCCACCACCCCCUUAUUCAUGAUUUCGCUUUCUGAGAUUUUAUUUACCCACGGUCAAUCGUGGUCUGAAAUUAUUAAAUGAAAAAUUUCAGAAAUAAACAAUUCGUAAGUUU